UCGAUGAGAUCAGCUGUCAAAUUCUGCGACAGGAAAAAGAAGAAACUGGUCGUCAAACACUGAAUGUGAAUAUCCCGAGGACAAUAUUUCCUUUUUAUAAAUUUAAGAAAAAUUGUGCCGACUUGCUGGGUUCAUUUAAUAAAACCCGAAAAUUUUAGCGAAGACCAAAGUCACGUGACCUUGGAAGUUUUUCGUAAACAAGAACGGAAAAGGCGAACAGAUGGAGGGAUAAAACUUCGCGUGAAAUUUCCAUAAAAGGAGACGAUUGUCCACACGAAAUCGUCAGGAGAUGUAGUGUUAAUGUCCGUCUGUCUGUCUGUUCACACGAUGCCGUAGCGAACGAGGAUUUUGGGGUGAAAUAUGAAGCCAGAGACAGGAUCGCCAGACAUGGAGGAAUGCGUUUGGGACCCCGUGAUGUUUUUUGUUGAUGUUGGAAUUUUGAUCGUGGAAGCUAGGACCCCUGACCUCUCACCCAAAGGUCGGAGUGAGGGUCUUCACUGCCCCCCAGCACAGGGUGGUCGAGAGGUCAAAGGUCAGCCCAGUCAUCUCUGUGACCUACACAGAGAACAGUGCCGGCGAGCAGAGCAGAUGAAGUCACAGAUCCUGGGUCUUUCUCGGAAUCAUAUUCCACUAAACAUUGAUGUGAUGCUGUUACCAGACUGUGAUCAUGGUCGUCUGGAGGCUUGUUCCGUUGACGGGAGCUGGGUGGGGAGUAACGAUGACUUGAUUUUACUAGAGAGAUGGGAGAUUCUACUACAACAGAAAAGGAGUGACCGUGUUGAUGCCGGCAGUGUUACAGGGCGAUUCCUACUUCAGGCCUUAAGGUCGUAUCUCCAUUUCUCACAACUCAGUUCCUGGCUCAUCUCUCACCGCGGCCAUCUGCCCCUCCAAAUCAUAUACAGGCUGUACUCCCCUGGUGAUACAGGGAUCCAUGGAUUUACCUCGGCCAGUGAGACGCACAGCUUCCCCGUGGCAGAUCUAGGGACCGAGAUACUCAAAGUCUCCGUGACCUCUCUACCGCGACUGGGCGAGAUCCCCACACUGCUGUGUCAGGACAACAAAAACGUCUCCAUGAGGAAAAAACCCAGUCCUGAGAGAGAUCUGGGGUUAAAGGUCAACUCCGAGUCAGCCACACUGAAUACCAACAAGAAAUCGAGUGCAGCUGAAUCAAAUCUUCAGCCUUGUAUACCGGAGGGAAAAUGGAGCAAGAAAACUGAAGAAUUGCGGAGGACGUCCCCUGAGUUAUUUCAGGAUCAGGGAACUAGUUCAUCCAAUCUUAAUCAGAGGACUAGUGUAGAAAAUAUACAUCAUGAGAAAAGUCAGGAGAAAGGAAUUCCCAAUGAUCAAGGUUCAGGAGCCAUUCCCAAGAAGAAAAACUUGAUGCAGAAACCUGGCCCUGACUCGCUGGCCACUAAACCACCGGUUGUCAAGAAACUUCAGGCCAGAGUGGCAAGUGACCGACCAUUCAGUCCCGAUAUGUCAGAACUAAAAAUGUCCUUCAAGUCCUGCCCCCUGCCCCUCCUACCCGAUGAUCCAGCCAAUCAGAAGGACCCAGACUUUCUGGUUGCUAGGUUACCCAGUCCUAAAGUCCUGUUGUCAACUGCUGGUAAAUCUAAUCAGACGUUCUACAAAAAGCGCCACCUGGACCUGAGUUCCCCGGAAUCUUUCGAGGACCGAGUCCUGGCGAGUAAGAUCUCGAGCCUGGUGAAGCCUCCGAACUCAGAAGAUCUGGAGAGUUACCUCGCUAGCCUGACCUCUCAUCAACCAGACAAAGGGACGGGAACCAGUCUAAGCAACAUUCCCACAAUGCACUGCAAAUUCUUCGAUGGAGAUGAACCAGGUGAAAGAUUGUCUUCCCUAAAGUCACACAGAAAGACAAAACGAUGUGUGCAAGAAACUUCUGCUUCACCAUUACUGUGUGAAGAUGUUCAGAAAAAAUAUCCUGGAUAUGACUCAAAAGAAACUCCACAGAGAAAAAACAAUAUAGCGUCAGGGAAAUCUGUAAAACGUGACUUAAACUUCUCACCCGAAUCUCCCAUUAUUUCACACCAGCAGAAACCACACAAGCAUAAACAUUUGACAGAGCAGUUAGAGACUGAUAAUAUAUCAUCCAGUGAUUCUAUAGAAAAAUAUCAAGUUAGAGACAGACAUCCCUCGUACAGUCCAGAGCAGGGAGCAGAGAAGGAAUGGAGAAGAUAUCAGAGUCCAGAACGACUGUCCCCCGGGCAGCGUAACACUUACUCAUUGUUUGAUGACUUUGUCGAUGACAUUUACAACAUUAAAUCCAAAUCUGACAACUUACUACAGAGUAUACCCUGUGUUAAUAGUAGAGUCUGUGUAGACAAUAUAGAGAGCACAGUGGAAGAUACACAGAGUCCAAACUCAAACUGUUUACAAAACAACUCACACUCAAAAUUAUCCCCAGACUUCCAUAAUGACACUAAACAGUACAGACGCUCAGAUUCUAAACCCAACUUCAAGAAAAGUUUUUCUGAACCAGAAAUGUUAGGGAAGCAGCUGACGUUAUGUCAGUUAGACGAGUUAAGACUCUCACCUGAUGAGAACCUCUCAGAUUUAGACGCGGUGUUAUCCAAAUCAUUCCACGACAUCCUGAGUCUGGACAAGUCGUCCAGUGACUCCACCCCCACCAAUAGUCUUUCAGAGUCCAACGGAUUCAAGCAUUUUUGUGAUACAGAUUUACAUAUAAACUCAGACAGGAGUGUGACUAUUUCCUUCCCUUCUAAACAUUCAACAGACCAGGAUAAAGCAGUUCCAGAGAGUUCUGUGAAUCAGAAAUGUGACGGAGAAAUGAACUCCAGAAAAACAAAGCCUGGUAAGUCUAGAAGAAGUGAAACAGAGGAGAAUGGUUUUAUAGAAGAUGGAUCCAAUAGUGGUGGAUCCAAGAGGAGUGGUGACCUGGAGGAAGGAUCUAACAGGAGUGGAUCUCAGAAAAAUAAGUCUUCACUGUGUAAACAACUGCUGAGGAAGGAACUACAGCGAUCUUAUAACAGUGAUCCGUUGGAGACAAAGUUUCCUAGUCCGGAGCAGGUGACCCAUUUCCAGAGGAAUCUCCAGCAGUCAUCCAGUAUGGUGUUCAACUCCAGUACAGGUCUUCCUAGUCGAUCUAGUCCGGCCCCUUUGAAGAGGAAGACGGUGGGAAGGUUUGACUACGACAAUUCUCUCACCAACUCCAGGGCCAUCAAAAACGCCCUCUCCUGUUCUAAACUGGCUUUGGAGUCGGAGAGUUCAAGGUCAUCUGUCACGCCUGAUCAGUCACGGACCCUCAGUACAUCUGCACCGGCCUCUACAAACUGCCUUUUGGGAAACUUCGAGGAGUCUGUGUUGAACGGUCGGAUUGAGCCAAUCGGAGCAGUGGAGGGUUUUACCUGUGAUAUCGGGGCGGGGGGAUCCUUCUGUCCUAAACACGUGUCACUUCCUGUCACCGCCUACUUCUUCCAGCUGUCAGACGACAACGCCCCCUCACCUUAUCUCGGUCAUAUAAAUCUGGAGAGCUUGGGUAAGAAAGGAUACCAUAUACCAAAGUGUGGAACAGUGCAAGUGACUUUAUUUAACCCAAACAAGACAGUCAUCAAAAUGUUUGUCGUCUUGUAUGAUCUCAGUGAUAUGCCACCUCAGUGUCAAACAUUCCUACGACAGAGAACUGUGUACAUGCCAGUGGAAGACAACAGCUCUCAGCCGUCAUAUCUCAGAUACCUCAUACAUCUCAGGUUUGCCAGUUCUAAAUCUGGGAAGAUAUUCCUUCAUACAGACAUUCGUGUGUUGUUUGCCAGAGACAAGUUUGAAUUUGACCCAAAUGUCGCCAAAUAUGAACUCCGGUCCUUCACAGAAGCUCCUUCUAACCCGAAGUUCUCUCCCCGGAGGUGAUGACGGCCUAAUCUAGGUCAAAUUCAAUAUAAAUUAGGUCAAAUCUGGUUAUAAACUAGGUCAAAUCUUGUGUAAACUAGGUCAAAUCCAAGAUAAACCAAGUGAAAUUUUGUGUAAACUAGAUGAAAUCUAGUUUUAAACUAGGUUAAAUCUGGAUUUUACAAAACCAUUAUUUCACUGAGGUCAUGUCAUAAGCUUUUGUUAAGACUGUUUGUGUAGCUCAGAUUUAG